CAUCAGCGGGUGAAAAAAGAAGAAACGGACCAAUCGGAGAGCUCAGUAGGCGGGUCUUGCCCGCCAUCCAGGCCCUUAUAAACUUAGUGUGCGUCUACCAGAGCAGGUUAUUUUCUUUUCCCCUCACUAAUCCUUCGCCUAAGGCUUCCAGCCGCUGCAAUGCUGCCUUUUGUCGUGUUGGCCGUGUGCCUGAGUGCGGCCACCUGCGCUCCCAGUCUGGACCCUCAGCUGGACGAUCACUGGGAUCUGUGGAAGAGCUGGCACUCCAGGAAAUACCACGAGAAGGAGGAGGGCUGGAGGAGGAUGGUGUGGGAGAAGAACCUGAAGAAGAUCGAGAUGCACAACCUGGAACACUCCAUGGGAGAACACUCGUACCGCCUGGGCAUGAACCACUUUGGAGACAUGACCCACGAGGAGUUCCGUCAGAUCAUGAACGGCUACAAGCACAAAAGCGAGAGGAAGUUCAAGGGGUCGCUCUUCAUGGAGCCCAACUUCCUGGAGGCCCCGCGCUCCGUGGACUGGAGGGACCAAGGCUACGUCACCCCCGUCAAGGACCAGGGUCAGUGCGGCUCCUGCUGGGCCUUCAGCACCACGGGCGCUCUGGAGGGUCAACACUUCCGCAAGUCCGGCAAGCUGGUGUCGCUGAGCGAGCAGAACCUGGUGGACUGCUCCCGGCCCGAGGGCAACGAGGGCUGCAACGGCGGCCUGAUGGACCAGGCCUUCCAGUACAUCGAGGACAACAACGGGCUGGACUCGGAGGAGGCCUACCCCUACGUGGGAACUGACGACCAGCCGUGCCACUACGACCCCUCGUACAACUCCGCCAACGACACCGGCUUCGUGGACGUCCCCAGCGGCAAGGAGCACGCGCUGAUGAAGGCCGUGGCCGCCGUAGGCCCCGUCUCCGUGGCCAUCGACGCCGGUCACGAGUCCUUCCAGUUCUACCAAUCAGGCAUCUACUACGAGAAGGAGUGCAGCAGCGAGGAGCUGGACCACGGCGUCCUGGUGGUGGGCUACGGCUACGAGGGGGAGGACGUGGACGGCAAGAAGUACUGGAUCGUCAAGAACAGCUGGAGCGAGAAGUGGGGCAACAAAGGCUACAUCUUCAUGGCCAAGGACCGCAAGAACCACUGCGGCAUCGCCACGGCAGCCAGUUACCCUCUCGUUUAACCACGUCGCCCUCCAGUGCUUUUGAUUGGAAUAGGAAAUGGCAACGGUGGGGAGCCACGCAUCAACUUUUGUUUUACGGACAAAAACACUUUUUAGGGAAAUGCUGCUGUGUUUUUAUGCCACUUUGUUCUGUUUGUCUUUUAUUCUCUGUAAAUAUGCUGCUCAGUGAGUGAAAAUUUCAUAUUUUUAAUUUUAGUUUUUUUUAAUUAGCCGUUGACUGUUACCAAUUAAAGGUGUGAAACACUC